AUGACGAGCAUCGAUGAGCUCUUCAAAAAACCCUCUUCGGCAGCAAGUGCCAAGCGCAAACUAGAUUCCGCGAAAGACCCGAACGAGCUCUACAAAGCGGCUAAACUAGAUGUGGAUGGUGAUGUGAAAUCAAAAGGAAAGGCGCCUAUGGUAGAGGAUGAGGGCGAGGAGGAUGAUGGCUACGCGGGUCCCGAAUUACCUCCCGAUUUCGCCGCCGAGGAUAUCCCUGAUGACGAAGAAGGACGCUUCUUCGGCGGCGGCAUGGAGCGUCAAACCGCGGAGGCUAUGCAAUAUAUUGAUCAGCAUGAGGAAGCAGAUGUUGCGCCAGAGAAGUUCGACGUUACCUGGUUGCGACGAUUCGCCCUCAACUUCGAAAAGAAGAUUUCAAAGAACGCCGAACUCCGCGGCAAGUUUGAAAACGAUCCUCAAAAAUUCAUGGCUUCGGAAGCAGAUCUCGAUACCGAAAUCAAGAGCCUCUCUAUACUCUCCGAGAAUCCAUAUUUAUAUAGCGAAUUUGCAAAGCUGGGCUGCGUCGGCUCGCUUAUGUCUCUGCUAUCGCAUGAGAAUGCCGAUAUUGCAAUUGAUGUGAUUCAAAUCAUUGGCGAGUUGACGGACGAAGAUGUGGAGGCCGAACAAGAUCAAUGGGACAGUCUGGUGAACGCAAUGUUGGAUGCCGAACUUAUCGAGCUCUUGGCGCAAAACCUUUCGCGACUCGACGAAGAAUCCGAGGUCGACAGGGCAGGCGUGUACUACGUACUAAACGUUUUGGAAAAUAUCGCAUCACAGACGUCUAUCGCAGAGAAGAUUGGGCAAGACCCCAACCUGUUACCCUGGCUUAUCGCUCGGAUACAAAAGAAGGAGAGGCCAGUGUCCCAAAAUCAACAAUAUGCAGCAGAGAUACUCGCCAUUCUACUACAAUCCACUCCUAAGAACAGAGAGAAGGUCGUUAGCCUGGAUGGCGUUGAAGCUCUCCUGCAAUUGCUCAGUGCAUACCGCAAGCGUGAUCCCGAGAAAGAUUCUGACGAAGAAGAAUAUGUGGAAAACUUGUUCGGCAGCUUGAACUACAUCGUGAAUGAGGACUACGGGAAGGAUAAGUUCCUGGAAGCUGAGGGUGUCGAGCUUGCGCAAAUCAUGUUGAAGGAGGGUAAGUUCAGCAAGCAACGAGCUUUACGACUCCUUGACCAUGCCUUAGGAGGCAUGGCAGGCGCUCCUGCAUGUGAACGCUUUGUGGAAGCAGCAUGCUUGAGUACACAAGACAAUGAGACGACGGAGCAUCUGCUGGGCAUUUUCGCUUCGCUGCUGCGUUUACUUCCGGGCGGUUCUGCGCCGCGGAUCCGUACACUGGCUAAAUUCAUGGAGAAGGACUAUGAGAAGAUCGAAAAGCUCAUAAAGUUACGGCGGGAUUACGUCCAGAGAGUGACACCGGUCGAGCAAGCUAUCGAGAAAGAACGAAAGAACUUCACGGAAGAGGAGCAAGAGAUUAUGGCGGCCGAGUGGCUGUCCAGGCGAUUUGAUGCCGGUCUUUUCUCUUUACAGCUUAUCGAUGUUAUUUUGGCCUGGUUGGUGGCCGAAGAUGACGGAGCGAAACAGAAGAUUGUGUCCCUUCUGGCUGACCGCGACGAAGAUUUGUCACUGAUUCGACGAACCUUACAGGGCAAGAUCCAUCAGCGCCCGGAGAGAGUCGAAGCACCCCAGCUGCUCCCUUCACCAGCAUCACCGAUGGCCGACUACGAAGAUGCUUACGAGGAUGAGUACUACGAUGAUAUGGACGAGGGCAUCACCUCGGAGGAUUGCUGGACGGUCAUUUCGUCUUUCUUCGACACCAAGGGUCUAGUGUCACAACAACUGGACUCUUUCGAUGAAUUUAUCUCGUCGACAAUGCAAGAGCUGGUGGAGGAACAAGGCCAAGUAACACUCGACCAAACUCUCCCUCCCUCCGAAGAUGAAGUCGAUCCCGUGGUUGUCCGCCGAUACGAGCUGAAGUUUGGAACCGUCAUGCUCUCUCGACCGUCCGUUACUGAGGGUGAUGGUGCGACCACUAUCAUGUUGCCCCAGGAGGCUCGCCUGCGUAAUCUUACAUACGCUAGUCCCCUUUAUCUCGGUGUUACGAAGAAGAUUAUGGAAGGUCGCGAACGUCUGGUCGCCGACCGAGAUGAUGAUGAUAUGGCUGAAUCGACUGAGGAUAAAAAAGCUCACGGGACUUACCUGCAGUGGGAGCAGAAGGAGCUCCCUGCUGACCAGGCUAAGGAGGAGACCGUUUUCAUUGGAAAGAUGCCAAUCAUGCUCAAGUCCAAGUACUGUAUCCUCAAGGACUUGAGCGAGCAAGCUCUUUACAACUGGAACGAGUGCCCUUACGACUCUGGUGGUUAUUUCAUCAUUAACGGAAGUGAAAAGGUGUUGAUCGCCCAAGAGCGCAGUGCUGGAAACACGGUUCAAGUCUUCAAGAAGGCACCACCUAGUCCCACGCCCUAUGUCGCGGAAAUUCGGAGUGCCGUCGAGAAGGGAUCAAGACUCCUUUCUCAGUUGUCCCUGAAGCUGUUUGCCAAGGGUGACAGUGCCAAGGGUGGAUUUGGUCCUACGAUUCGGUCGACUUUGCCUUACGUGAAGACCGACAUCCCCAUCGUCGUUGUGUUCAGAGCCCUUGGUGUGGUUUCUGAUGAGGAUAUCCUGAACCACAUUUGCUACGACCGGAAUGACACGCCGAUGUUGGAGAUGCUGAAGCCUUGUAUUGAGGAAGGUUUCGUUAUUCAGGACCGUGAGGUGGCGCUGGAUUUCAUUGCCAAGCGUGGAUCGUCUCAGUCUAGUAUGAACCACGAGCGUCGUGUCAGAUACGCACGCGAAAUCAUGCAGAAGGAGUUCCUUCCCCACAUCUCUCAGAGCGAAGGUAGCGAGACCCGCAAAGCUUUCUUCCUGGGUUACAUGGUACACAGGCUCCUGCAGUGUGCUUUGGGCCGUCGGGAUGUCGAUGAUCGUGACCACUUCGGUAAGAAGCGUCUCGACUUGGCUGGUCCUCUUCUUGCAAAUCUUUUCCGAGUUCUGUUCACUCGUGUCACCCGUGACCUUCAGCGGUACGUCCAGAGAUGCGUGGAGACGAACAGGGAGAUCUACUUGAACAUUGGUAUCAAGGCCAGCACCUUGACAGGAGGUCUGAAGUACGCUCUUGCCACGGGUAACUGGGGAGAGCAGAAGAAGGCAGCCAGCGCCAAGGCUGGUGUAUCUCAAGUGCUCAGUCGUUACACCUACGCCUCUACGUUGUCCCACCUUCGUCGUACCAAUACACCAAUUGGCCGUGACGGUAAGAUCGCCAAACCUCGUCAGCUCCACAACACCCAUUGGGGUCUGGUCUGUCCAGCUGAAACCCCUGAGGGUCAAGCUUGUGGUCUGGUCAAGAACUUGGCGCUCAUGUGCUACAUCACUGUUGGUACGCCUAGUGAGCCCAUUAUUGAUUUCAUGAUUCAACGCAACAUGGAAGUGCUUGAAGAAUUCGAGCCGCAGGUGACGCCAAAUGCGACCAAGGUGUUUGUCAACGGUGUCUGGGUGGGUAUUCAUAGAGAUCCCGCGCAUCUGGUGAACACCAUGCUCUCUCUCCGUCGCCGGAACAUGAUCUCGCACGAGGUCAGUUUGAUUCGCGAUAUUCGUGAGCGAGAGUUCAAGAUCUUUACCGAUGCUGGACGUGUGUGUCGACCACUGUUCGUCGUCGACAAUGAUCCCAAGAGCGAGAACUGCGGCUCGCUGGUACUCAAUAAGGAACACAUCCGCAAACUGGAGCAAGACAAGGAUUUGCCCCCCGAUCUGGAUCCAGAAGAUCGCAGGGAGCGCUACUUCGGUUGGGAUGGUUUGGUGAAGUCUGGUGUCGUCGAGUACGUCGACGCCGAGGAGGAGGAGACGAUCAUGAUUGUGAUGACACCGGAGGAUCUGGAGAUCUCGAAGCAACUUCAGGCCGGUUAUGCCCUUCCCGAAGAAGAGCUGCACGAUCCCAACAAGCGUGUCCGUUCCAUUCUGAGUCAAAAGGCUCACACCUGGACACACUGCGAGAUUCACCCCAGUAUGAUCCUGGGUGUCUGCGCCAGUAUCAUUCCUUUCCCCGACCACAACCAGUCUCCUCGUAACACCUACCAGUCUGCCAUGGGUAAACAAGCUAUGGGUGUGUUCCUGACGAACUUUGACCAGCGCAUGGAAACCAUGGCCAACAUUCUGUAUUACCCGCAGAAGCCUCUGGCGACAACACGGUCUAUGGAAUUCUUGCGGUUCCGUGAGCUUCCUGCCGGCCAGAACGCCAUUGUUGCUAUUGCCUGUUAUUCCGGUUACAACCAGGAAGAUUCGGUUAUUAUGAACCAGAGCAGCAUUGACCGUGGUCUUUUCCGCAGUCUGUUCUACCGUACAUACACCGACAGCGAGAAGAUGGUCGGACUCACGGUUGUUGAACGCUUCGAGAAGCCUAUGAGAUCGGACACGAUCGGUAUGAGAAAGGGUACCUACGACAAGCUUGACGAGGACGGUAUCAUUGCUCCUGGUGUUCGUGUAUCCGGUGAGGAUAUCAUCAUCGGUAAGACGGCGCCAUUGGCACCCGAAGCGGAGGAACUUGGUCAACGUACCAAGGCCCACACCAAGCUGGAUGUGUCGACUCCUCUCAGAAGUACGGAGAACGGUAUCGUGGACCAGGUCUUGGUGUCUACGAGCAACGAUGACCUGAAGUUUGUGAAGGUGCGCAUGAGGACGACCAAGAUUCCCCAGAUUGGAGACAAGUUCGCUUCGCGUCACGGACAGAAGGGUACCAUCGGUAUCACAUACCGUCAGGAAGACAUGCCUUUCACUCGGGAGGGUGUGUGCCCCGACUUGAUCAUCAACCCUCACGCCAUUCCGUCCCGUAUGACAAUCGCGCACUUGAUCGAGUGUCAACUCAGUAAAGUGUCAUCGCUGCGUGGAUUUGAGGGAGAUGCGACGCCAUUCACUGACGUUACGGUCGACUCGAUCUCUCGUCUCCUGCGGGAGCACGGAUACCAGUCCCGUGGCUUUGAGGUGAUGUACAACGGACACACUGGACGCAAGCUGGUUGCGCAGGUCUUCCUGGGACCGACGUACUACCAGCGUCUGCGCCACAUGGUCGACGAUAAGAUCCACGCCCGUGCGCGUGGACCGACUCAGAUCUUGACGCGACAGCCGGUGGAAGGUCGUGCUCGUGACGGUGGUCUCCGAUUCGGAGAGAUGGAACGCGAUUGUAUGAUUGCGCACGGAGCCAGCGCUUUCCUGAAGGAGCGGUUGUUCGACGUGUCCGAUCCCUUCCGGGUGCACAUCUGCGACGACUGUGGCUUGAUGACCCCUGUUGCGAAACUCAAGAAGGGACUCUUCGAGUGUCGACUGUGUAACAACAAGCACCGAAUCUCGCAGGUGCAUAUCCCGUAUGCAGCCAAGCUUCUGUUCCAAGAGCUGGCCUCAAUGAACAUUGCCGCUCGCAUGUUUACCAACCGGUCUCGCGUGUCCGUGCGGUGA